AACAUUGAUAUAUUUUUUUAUAAAUUAUCUAGUACUUUAUUCAAAGAAUUAACAUAUAUAUAUAAGAAAGCUAGUUAGCCUUAAAUCAAUCAAUAUUUUGCUGCCAUAAAAAAAUUAAGAAAUUAACAAAUUGAGAUAUCAUUUUCUGCAAAGCAAACAAAAAGAAUGAAUCCAUCAAAUGACACUACCAAAGGGUAACCAUUUUACAUAGAAAAAGAAGAUUAAGAGCAGGGGAAAAUCUAAAAUACCAAUUAAAUGAUCAAUUAAGAGUAAAAUCAUACUAACUUAAACAAUAAUUUGGAUGAAAAUUGUGAGUCACCAAGCGAUACUACUCAUAGUAACUCGAACAUAGUAAAUGAAAAAUAAAAUCUUUAAGCUUAUCUUAUGUUUGACUCGGGAAAUUCAUCUCAACCUCAAAAUGAGUGCUCUAAGGAAAUAGAUGGUUUGAUUGCCUCUGAAAAAAAGGAAAAAAGUUUAAGUCAAGAAAUUGAAAAUAAGCAGCAAACUUAGUCUUAAACAGAUCUUUAAAUAAUAAAAAAGUAGGAAUAGCAACAAGACUCUAGUUCUUAAUCUGAUUAUUAGUAUUUAUAUUAUGUAAGUAGCAAUAAUAAUGGCAAUAGCAACAAUGAUAGCAGCAAAAACUAAAUGAAUAAUGAUAACAAUUCUGGCGGCAAUAACAAUACCAACAAACAUUUUGGAAUCAGUAAUAAUAAUAUUAGCCCUUAGAAUGAUUCAAGUUCUAAGAUUGAUUAAUUGUCAAAAGGGAUUAGACCUUCUAAAGUUCUUUUAGUUAUGGUAUAAAAUCCACAGGAUGAAGUCAUAGAACAUAGAAUUAUUUUUGAAAAGUUUUCAUUUUUUGGAGAGGUAGAAUAGAUUCUUAUAUUUAGUAAGAAGCAACCAUGGAAAUUGUUUGUGGAUAUGAAUUCAAUAGAAGUUGCUAUAAAGGCUAAAAAUGCGCUUGAAAACUCUUCAAUAUGUGUCAAUAAUUUAGAACUUAAAAUGAAGGUUUAAUUUUCGAGCCAAUAAAAUCUUGUUCUUAAGAAUGGUAAUGGAGGAAUAAACUAUAAAGAUUUAAACAAGAAAUUUGAGAAAACUUAGCUCUCUUACAGCAUUAAAAUUGAUCCAACCUCUUCAUAAAGCUAAAACUUAUAUUAAUCAGCUCAAAUUAUGGAUAUGAACAGGCGCCAUAUUGCAUCUUAAUUUGUUUCUGCGCAGAGUAUGUAGUUACCAAAUCCCUAGUUACAAAUGCUUAAAGUUACUGACCCUUCAGCUGUUUAGUCUAUGACCUUUUAAGUUGGGGUUCCUCCAUAAAAGGUCUAAAUAAUGAGUAGUAGCUUGAUAUAAUAAGAUCAAAAUUAAUACAUACCUUAGUAAAUGGCCCCAAUAGUAGUUACUAACUCUGGAAUGCAAACUAUUUAGCCUUAAGUUCCUAUCUAUUAAACAGGUAGAGAUUCUCCACAAAUGAUGCAAAAUUCAGGUUUAGCUCAUCCAAAAAUCAAUAUGACAGGAUCAGUUUAAAUGUAAUCGGGAAAUUUAAUUUAAAUGGCACCUUAUAAUUAAUACGAGUAGCUUUAAUAACCUUUAAUGACUUAUAGCUUUGGUGGAAACCCUGUAAUUCUUAAGGAUGAUUCUUUUUCAAAUUAAUAGGUUCAGCAGAAUUAGAAUUAGUUAUUCUAAUCUUAACAUUAUAUUGGCUAGCAUUUAAAUAAUUAGUAUUAACAACCUAAGUCUGAAAUGACUAGCAGUUUGCAAUAUCCCAUUAAUUAAAUAUCUAGCUAUCACUAAACAAUAAAUAUGACUUAAUCUAUGAAUAUUCAUAGCAAUAGUAUGACUUUCAGUAAACCCUAAGAAUCUAUUUUUGCAUUAAAUAAAAAUGAUAAUAACCCAAAAAAUGAAUCAGUAGAACAACUUGAUGAUAUCUUAGAAAGAAUCCAAAAUAAUCAGUUUGAAAACUCUGGCGAAAUUUCUAAAGAAGACCUUAAAGACUUAGAAGAGCAAAAAUCAAAUUCAUUUGACGAUUUUAAAGGAUUUAAUGAUCAAAAGACAAGUAUUGGUUAAGAAAAUUUAUAAAAUAAUCAACAAUUGUUAAAUAGCUCUGACAAUAGGAAUGGCAUUAACUAAUCUCCCUUUAGUCCUGAGUAAAAAAGUAUUUAACCAUAAUCCACCAUGCAAAGAUCUCAUAGCAAUAGUUCAGAUGGGAAUUAAAUGACUGGCAUCUAAAAAUUAGAUUAACUUAUUGGAUAGGCGUAAGGUUCAGAUUAAUCUGAUGGUGAAUAAUACCCACUAUCAGACGAUGAAGGACCUACUUUUCCUUUCUAAAAAACUUAAUAAAAAUCUUAGCAAUAAUAACCUAUUAGAGCAAUAUAGUAACUGGAUACUCAGCUAAAAACAUAAUAUGGUAGUAAUAAUUAAGGAGCUUACUUUAUAAAUAUGUAAGGCAGUGCAGGAUAGUAGAAUUAAAGCGCAAAUAUUAUUGGAAAUUAAUUAAUGAGCUCAUCUUAAGGCAAGCCUAUUCAUGGUAGCUUAAUGAUGUAGCCAUAUAUUUAAAAUAAUUAAUUAAAUUAAAAUUAAUCUCUCAUGAACCAAGGAUAAGUAUAAAUGCUACAGCAGUAAGCUAAUUCUGGAGUUUAAUUUGGUCAAUUUUAAAACUAAAAUGCUAAUAACUCGUAUUAGUAAAUACCAAAUUAGUAUGGAUACAAUAUGAGAUAAAAUAGGUAAAGAAUGCAAUAAAAUAGUAACCCAGCUUAUGCCUAAUCAUGCAUGUUAGUUAAUUAGCAGUAAUAAUAAAAUUUAUAAUUAUAACAAUCUGGUUAGGUUAAUUUACAAUAAUUUGAUGGCUAAAAUAUUUCGUAUAGCAUGUAAAUUAAACCAAAUUUCCAUAGUAUGAGUACAAAUAUUUCAGGUAUGAGAAUGGAAGAAAAUAUGGGAACUUUCAAUGGGUCUACCUACAUAAAGUAAGGAUUUUUGGAAGACAGCAAACCUUCUUUAGUCAUUUAUGUUAACCAUUUAAUGAAUAAAGAUAUUACUGUUACUCACCUCUACAAUAUCUUUAGCAAUUUUGGUGACAUAGUUAAAAUUAUAUUGAAAAGAAAUAAAUGUACAGCUUUCAUUGAGUAUACGAUGUAAGAGAACGCUACAAAAGCAAAGGAAUUUAUGGAUAAAAAAAUCUUCUUUGAUAAUGAGAUCAGAGUAUUCUAUUCUCACUUUGAAACUCUCUAAAAAUAAGAUGACAAAUUCCAAGAAUAAUUUAUAGGAAGCGAAUAAACUAACCGUUUCUAAAAAGAUAGCAAAAUGACUUUAAACCCUCCUUCUCUAGUUCUUCAUAUUUCAAGUCUCAAAUAAGAAAUUUGUGAUCACGAGAAAAUACAUGAAUUGUUCCGUCCUUAUGGCAAAAUUGAAGCAAUCCAUAUUGAAAAAGUUCCUCCUAGAUACAUGAGCCAUAUAAAAUUUUCUUCGUUGAAGGAGUCUUUAAUGGCUAUAGCUCAUAUGCACAACAAAGAAAUCAAAGGAAGAAAGAUGCUUAUUUCAUUUACUAGAAAAAAACUAGACACAACAACUAAAAAUGUAGUAACUUACUCUAAAAAUAUUCAAUUCAACAAUUGA